UCAGAACGGAAAUGCUGAUUCGUAGUUAGGUCUUUGGUGAUGCAUUACGUUAGGGUUUUGAUUCGUUUCUUCUGGUCUUGAUCCGAAUGGCGUUGCUCACAAGUCAUAUAAACGUGUUUAAUUAGGCCUUUCGUCUGUAUUCAUGGUUGAUGGAAUUAGUGACGUGUUUUAUUCGCAGUGUCUUCGUUUAAAUGUUUCAAAUGAUAAUUUAGUUACUUCUUUAUGUGCAAUUAGGAUUACUUGUCUGGUAUCCACUUUCCUUCCAGCUCCCCCUCCCUCAAAUCUUAAAGCUCUCAUUUUGGGAAAAGGGUAGUAAUUUGAUGUUUCAGUUGUUGAUUUUUGAUAUCUUGGCUGCAAUCUUGUGGAUCGUUGGUUGAGAUAGUAUGUUCUGUCCAAGUUCUUCUCUUUUGGUGUCCUUGAGGGGUUAUAACGAGAAAAAGCUUAAUUGAGGACUGAGGAAUAUAUUCAGAUAUUGUUCUUUCUCGUAAUGGUACGGUUUUUGAUCAUUUUGAUGUUCCCCUGCUUUCAGUUCCCCUUCAGCUCAGGAUUGCUCUGGUGGCGCCAACAAGUCUCUCUCAAACCCGUAAUUGGAGAACUUUUUGUGUAUAGUUGGCCAUUUUGAUAUUUAUCUCCUUGGUCACUGGGAUCUUUUGACCUCUACCCAUCAUUGCUUGUGUGGUUAUGGCAACCAAUGAAAAUCUUCCACCCAAAGUGAUAAAGCAACUUGCAAAGGAGUUGAAAAAUCUGGAUGAAAGUCCUCCAGAGGGCAUUAAAGUAGGUGUUAAUGAUGGCAACUUUUCAAUCAUAUAUGCUGAUAUUGAGGGCCCAACUGGAACUCCCUACGAGAAUGGUGUUUUUCAUAUGAAGUUGAUAUUGCCUGAUGACUUCCCCCAGUCACCUCCCCAAGGUUAUUUUCUGACUAAGAUUUUCCAUCCGAAUGUUGCAACCAAUGGUGAGAUUUGUGUCAACACAUUGAAAAAGGAUUGGAAUCCAAGUCUGGGCUUACGACAUGUUCUAAUUGUAGUCUGGUGUUUACUGAUAGAACCAUAUCCAGAAUCAGCUCUGAAUGAGCAGGCUGGCAAAAUGUUACUUGAAAAUUAUGAGGAAUAUGCCAGGCAUGCAAGGCUCUACACCGGGAUUCAUGCUCUUGAGCCAAAAUCGAAGUUUAAAACUGGAACUAUUUCAGGAUCCACUAUGGCCUUGAACAUGAAUCAAUCAAAUACCUCAAUUUGUAAUGUUGAAAAGAAGAACGCAGUAUCUGGUGCUGCAUUGCUAUUGCCAUCAACAUUGGCAUCGUCCACAACAUUCACCAAAGGUGUAGGUGGGGACGACCAGAUUGACUCGGCUGUAAAUCCAACAAUUGAGACAGGAAUGAGCGGUUCAACAGCAGCAGCAACCCAGAAGGAAGGUGGUGGAUUGGUGAAAGUUAAGGCAGAUAAAAAGAAAAUGGAUGCUAGAAAGAAAAGUUUGAAGAGAUUAUAAAGUUGGGAAAGGUAAUUGUUAAACUUUGUGGGGUUAACAUUCUGUAAAUGCUGAUGUGUAUACUUAACUUGGGACUUGGAUGAGAACCUUGAGGUGGCUGAGUUUUUGUUUGGAUUAAGAGAACUGACUCAAAUGAUUAUUCAUUGGUAAAGUUCUUGGGAUCAGCUUCUAUGGUUUCAUAUACAUUUUAAGAAAGAUGCAAAAAGCUCUUCUCCUCUC